CUCCGUGACAGCCGGGGGGAGGGAACUUCCGUCGGGAAGGGAGUCCUGCCGCUCCGUGUCCAUCUAACGGAGGGCCCGGUGAGGCCCGGCCGGGGCUAUGGUGCCUAUGGAAACGCAGCUGCAGAGCAUCUUCGAAGAGGUGGUGAAAACUGAGGUAAUAGAAGAAGCUUUUCCUGGUAUGUUUAUGGACACUCCUGAAGAUGAGAGAACCAAACUGAUCAGCUGCCUGGGUGCUUUUAGGCAGUUCUGGAGCAGUCUUUCCCAGGAAUCCCACGAGCAGUGUGUCCAGUGGAUUGUAAGAUUCAUUCAUAGUCAGCACAGUCCUAAAAGAAUUUCUUUUCUUUAUGACUGUUUAGCAAUGGCAGUUGAAACUGGACUUUUACCACCCAGGAUGGUUUGUGAGUCUCUGAUAAACUCUGAUACGCUUGAAUGGGAAAGGACACAGCUGUGGGCAUUGACAUUUAAAUUGAUCCGGAAGAUCAUUGGAGGUGUAGACUAUAAGGGUGUACGUGAUCUGCUGAAAGUGAUCCUCGAGAAAAUCUUAACAAUUCCAAACACUGUGAGCUCAGCUGUUGUACAGCAGCUUUUAGCAGCAAGAGAGGUGGUAGCCUACAUUUUAGAAAGAAAUGCGUGUUUGUUACCUGCCUACUUUGCUGUUACAGAAAUCAGAAAACUAUAUCCUGAAGGAAAACUUCCCCACUGGUUACUAGGUAAUUUAGUAUCGGAUUUCGUGGAUACCUUCAGACCUACAGCAAGAAUAAAUUCCAUUUGUGGUCGCUGUAGUCUUCUUCCCGUGGUAAAUAACUCAGGUGCUAUGUGUAACUCAUGGAAACUGGAUCCUACAACUCUUCGUUUUCCUUUGAAAGGUCUCUUACCAUAUGAUAAGGAUCUAUUUGAGCCACAGACUGCUUUGUUGAGAUAUGUGCUGGAACAGCCGUAUUCGAGGGAUAUGGUCUGCAAUAUGCUAGGUCUGAAUAAGCAGACCUUGAACAUUGCUCAGCACAAGCAGCGCUGUCCUGUGCUGGAGGACCAGUUGGUGGAUCUUGUGGUGUAUGCCAUGGAACGGUCUGAGACUGAAGAGAAGUUUGACGAUGGUGGAACCAGUCAGCUUCUGUGGCAGCAUCUCUCCAGCCAGCUCAUUUUCUUUGUGCUCUUUCAGUUUGCAAGCUUUCCUCAUAUGGUCCUGUCACUCCAUCAAAAGUUGGCAGGCCGUGGCCUCAUUAAAGGAAGAGACCAUCUGAUGUGGGUGCUACUGCAAUUCAUCUCUGGCAGCAUCCAGAAGAACGCACUGGCUGACUUCCUCCCAGUCAUGAAGCUUUUUGACCUUCUUUAUCCCGAGAAAGAAUGUAUUCCUGUACCUGAUAUUAACAAACCCCAGUCCACUCAUGCUUUUGCUAUGACCUGUAUUUGGAUUCAUCUGAAUCGGAAGGCACAUAGUGACAACUCCAAGUUACAGAUUCCCAUUCCUCAUUCUCUUAAGCUUCACCAUGAGUUUUUGCAACAGAGUUUAAGAAACAAAAGUUUACAGAUGAAUGACUACAAGAUUGCCUUGUUGUGCAAUGCUUAUUCAACCAAUUCAGAGUGUUUCACUUUGCCAAUGGGUGUCCUGGUAGAGACUAUUUACGGAAAUGGCAACAUGAGGAUAUCUCUUCCAGGAACUAAUUGCAUGGCAUCAGGGUCUAUAACCCCCUUGCCAAUGAACCUCUUGGACUCGCUCACAGUUCAUGCCAAAAUGAGUUUGAUCCAUAGCAUAGCUACAAGGGUUAUUAAGCUGGCUCAUGCAAAAUCUAGUGUGGCCUUGGCUCCUGCUCUUGUGGAAACCUACAGUCGCUUGCUGGUUUAUAUGGAAAUAGAGUCCUUGGGCAUCAAAGGCUUUAUCAGUCAGCUCUUGCCAACUGUGUUCAAAUCUCACGCCUGGGGAAUUCUGCACACUCUGCUAGAAAUGUUUAGCUAUCGAAUGCAUCACAUCCAGCCUCACUACCGAGUCCAGCUGCUCAGCAAUCUUCACUCCUUGGCUGCUGUGCCACAGAGAAAUCAGAAUCAACUUCAUCUGUGUGUUGAGAGUACUGCUUUGAGGCUAAUCACAGCUUUGGGCAGCUCAGAAGUCCAGCCACAGUUUACACGAUUCCUCAGUGAUCCCAAAACAGUUCUGUCAGCAGAAUCAGAGGAGCUCAACAGGGCUUUAAUCUUAACUCUAGCAAGGGCAACGCAUGUGACAGAUUUUUUCACGGGCUCCGAUUCAAUUCAAGGAACUUGGUGCAAGGAUAUAUUGCAGACUAUCAUGAGUUUCACUCCACAUAACUGGGCAUCCCAUACACUAAGCUGUUUUCCAGCUCCAUUGCAGGUAUUCUUCAAACAGAAUAACGUGCCUCAGGAAAGCCGUUUUAACCUAAAGAAGAAUGUGGAAGAGGAAUAUCGAAAGUGGAAGUCUAUGACCAAUGAAAAUGAGAUAAUCACACGCUUUUCGGUGCAAGGUUCACCCCCACUUUUCCUUUGUCUCCUAUGGAAGAUGCUGUUAGAGACAGAUCACAUUAAUCAAAUUGGUUACAGAGUACUAGAAAGAAUUGGGGCCAGAGCUCUUGUGGCACAUGUCAGGACCUUUGCGGAUUUCUUGGUGUAUGAAUUCUCUACCUCUGCGGGAGGUCAGCAGCUCAACAAAUGUAUUGAGAUUCUCAAUGACAUGGUGUGGAAAUACAACAUUGUAACACUGGACAGGUUGAUACUUUGUUUGGCUAUGCGUAGUCAUGAAGGAAAUGAAGCUCAAGUCUGUUACUUCAUUAUUCAAUUACUCUUACUCAAACCUAAUGAUUUCAGAAACAGAGUGAGUGAUUUUGUGAAAGAGAAUUCUCCAGAGCAUUGGCUGCAGAAUGACUGGCAUACUAAGCACAUGAGUUAUCACAAGAAAUAUCCUGAAAAGUUGUAUUUUGAAGGCUUGGCAGAGCAAGUCAAUCCCCCAGUUCAGAUCCAGCCCCAGUAUCUUCCAAUUUAUUUUGGAAAUGUGUGCCUGCGAUUUCUGCCGGUGUUUGACAUUGUAAUCCAUAGAUUUCUGGAACUGCUUCCAGUGUCUAAGUCACUAGAAACCUUACUGGAUCAUCUGGGAGGUUUAUACAAAUUCCAUGACCGUCCAGUGACUUAUUUGUACAACACUCUUCACUAUUAUGAGAGACAUCUGAGAGAGCGCACAAACCUCAAGAGGAAGCUUGUUCAUGCCAUCAUUGGCUCUCUCAAAGAUAAUCGCCCAUUGGGCUGGUGUCUAAGUGAUACUUACCUCAAAUGUGCUAUGAAUGCCAGAGAAGAUAAUCCAUGGGUUCCUGAUGACACUUACUAUUGCAAACUCAUUGGAAGACUAGUAGACACUAUGGCAGGCAAAUCACCUGGUCCAUUUCCAAAUUGUGACUGGAGAUUCAACGAGUUUCCUAACCCAGCUGCCCACGCUCUUCAUGUUACCUGUGUUGAGCUCAUGGCGCUGGCAGUUCCAGGAACAGAUGUGGGCAAUGCACUACUGAACGUUGUGCUGAAGAGUCAGCCCCUGGUGCCAAGAGAGAAUAUCACAGCUUGGAUGAAUGCUAUUGGACUAAUUAUCACAGCCUUACCAGAACCAUACUGGAUUGUUCUCCAUGACCACAUUGUGAGUGUUAUCAAUAGUCCCAGCUUGACAUCAGAGACAGAGUGGGUUGGUUACCCUUUCCAGCUGUUUGACUUCACAGCAUGUCAUCAGUCUUACUCUGAGAUGAGUUGUAGCUACACUCUGGCUUUGGCACAUGCUGUUUGGCAUCAUUCUAGCAUUGGACAGCUGUCUCUCAUUCCCAAGUUCCUCACAGAAGUGUUGAUACCCAUAGUGAAAACAGAGUUCCAGCUGCUUUAUGUUUACCACCUCGUCGGUCCUUUUCUACAGCGGUUCCAGCAGGAGAGGACACGAUGCAUGAUAGAGAUUGGGGUGGCCUUUUAUGAAAUGCUCCUGAAUGCAGAUCAAUACAGCUCACAUCUGAACUACAUGGAUCCUAUAUGUGAUUUUCUGUAUCAUAUGAAAUACAUGUUUACAGGGGACAGCGUGAAAGACCAAGUUGAGAAAAUAAUUUGCAAUUUAAGACCAGCUUUGAAACUUAGGUUACGUUUCAUAACGCACAUCAGCAAAAUGGAGCCAGCAGGUGUUCCACAGCAGCCUCUCAGUAACGGGUCACCAGCACAACAACCUAACCAAGUGCCUGUUAACGUUGCUCUGCCAGUAACACAGUGAAAUGAAGUGUUAGGCUGGCCUUGAUGUGAAGGCAGCCUUCAAGGUGAAACAUCACCCGAACUGAAAUCUGGUAUGCUGUAUAAAAGGAAAGAGAACUACAGACAGAUCUGUGCUUCAUUUUCUUUUGCACAGUGAAGCUAAUUGUAUGCAUGCCAAUCUUCUUGACUAUUUAUAUCAGACACUAAAUGAGGUAUAUAUUGCCUUUCUUUAAAAGCACUGAUUGAAGUUUCUCUGCAAGCAUGUGGACUUCUCAAGAGUUUACAGCAUUCCUGCUCACUACCCUGAUAUCAAGUCAUCUGGAUUUUUCCUUCCUUCUGAAAUCAAAGGACCCUUGGUGGAUAUAGUCUGGUUUAAAGAAAAAAAGAGACUUUUCUUAUAUUUGGCUUUUGCAUCUUACAAAUUUAUAUUCUUUUUGUCCAACAGAAGAAUUUUUUAUCAUCAUUUGGGCAGGUACAUUAAACUGUUACAUGGGAAAUCACCUGCACAAAAAGGUUGCAUCAGUUGCAUUAUGACAUCUUGUUGAUUGAGAAUGAGCUUUUGAAAGUAACUGUCAAUUUCAUGUGUACAGUUUACAUUCAAGGUGUGAGUGUGGUGGCUUUGAUCAGCAUCAAUUACUAGACUGGAGUAGAUUUUAUAGAGGCUUUCUAUACUGUAUUUACUGGAAGAGUACGUGCUCUGUCAAAGCUGUUAGAGAUCUUACCUUCCCAUUUGGGAAAUGCUGUAAUUUUUAUCAGGUCACAUCAAUUUCCCUGAUAUCUUGUAUUUUAGAUUUGUAUAUUCUACUUUCUUUAUCUGUGUACUGUGGUCAGCAGGUUUUGGUAAUAGAGUUGAAAUACUAAAUGUUUUGUAAAUAUUCAUCUUUUUAAAUUAAAGAAAAAAGCUUUAAAGACAGUAGCAGUAGUAGUAGUAGUAAGCUUAUUUAUUUUCCAUACACUUUGUGUUUAAAAAUAAAGAUGUACUGUAGCAAGUGCUUCUCAAGCAGACCUGAGAAGUGAGAAUCC